AGUUUCUCUAUUUGUCUCAUUUUCUUACCAUCGCCAUAUGCCAUUUCGGUCCUUCGCUAAUUGACACUUACCCUUAUCCGUAUCGAGGGGCUGAAAAGAGAGAAAAAAAGUCCGAUCAUUCCCUGGAGGACGACCGCCAACCGCCAUUGACCUGAUAUCCUUGCAGUUGCCGCAAUCAUGGCUCCCUCGGCCAAGCAGCGAAAGAUUGCGAUCUUGGGCAGUCGUUCUGUUGGGAAAUCAUCACUUACGGUGCAAUAUUGUGAAGGCCAUUUCGUCGAGAGUUACUAUCCUACUAUCGAAAACACCUUUAGCCAUGAGAUCGUCUACAAAGGUCAAACAUUCCUUACGGAAAUCAUUGACACUGCUGGUCAGGAUGAAUACAGUCUCAUGAACUCGAAACUGUACAUCGGUAUCCAUGGGUACUCAAUCGUGUACUCGGUCGCCUCAAGACAGUCGUUCGACAUGGUCAGAAUAAUCCGUGACAAACUCCUGAACCAUCUGGGCGCGGAAUCAGUCCCCAUCAUGAUUGUGGGCAACAAGAGCGACGUCGAUGCAAAGAAGCAACGUAAGGUGACCGCCGAAGAAGGGCAAAAUUUGGGACAGGAACUCCAGUGCGGAUGGAUAGAGACCAGCGCAAGGAACAACACCAACGUCGCCAAAGCCUUCGAAUUGAUGAUUGCCGAAAUCGAGAAGUCGCAGGAACCCGAUAAGCCUGCAGGCGGCGGGAAAUGUGUGGUCAUGUGAAGCACCAAGUCGAUCAUC